AUGUCAGACUCCGACGACGACCUGCCGCCUGGCACUUACAGACAUCCGGUGCUCGUUCUUCGGGGGGAGCUUCACGACCGUUGGAACUAUCUAGGGCGGAACGAGCCGUGGCUGGCGGUCAAGGAGCUGGAGGAUUAUAUCUUGAGUAACGAAUAUUUGGAAGUGGCGUGGGAUACUGCAUUAAUGGUUUUGCUAGCUCAGGCGUACUUGAACAACGAAGAAUACGCGAUGGCUAUCGCAACGGCGGAGAGAGCUCGACGAGUGGGCCAGGGUAUACGACCGGAGGAGGCCCUCCCUUACCACUACCCAUGGUUCAGAGAGAUGAAGGACUGUUCGCAGUCCGUUUAUCCUGAGGUCAUUGCCGGGUUGCACGAGUGGGGAAUCGAUCCCGACUUGCACAGGAUCACGAUUCAAGAGACGGGAUACUUGGAUCUGCUGCGAGAGCACUCUGCUCAUCGGGCGGAAGAUUCAGAUGCGAUUAAAUCUCCCUCGAGUGGUACUUCCCAGGCCAAUCAUCCCCAACCCGAUCACUUCCCGUCGCAGAAUGCUGGUGCAUUGGGAGAGGAUAGCGGUGAUUUGCCCAAAGGCGAUGAGCCAACCGACUACGCUCAAGACGCAGAUGUCGCGGACACUCUCUAA